AGUUUAGCUACUUAAAUGGCUGUCAGCUAGCUACCUGGCUGCACAUCAGUAUGAUACAAGUUACGUAGUUAUUUUUUUCCUCAGUCUUAAAGCAACCAAACUGGUUAUACGUAACUACGUCAGCUGUACCGGGAGGACGACUGAGUGAUCGCGCCGUAUUGAAAUAUCAAACUACAGUAUUUAUCAAAGAAAUCGAGCCGCAUGAUGGCUUCCAACUCGCCGAUGGUCAACGGGGACAUUUCGCGCGGUCCUAAUUACGGACAGGGCGCAGGGGAUCACCCCGCCUCCCACCAGUGCAGCCUGGAGGAGACCCUUCAGCAGAUGAACGUCCUCAUUAAGGAGAACAGGGACCUGAAAGAGGCCCUGAAGCAGACGAACAUCUCCAUGAAGGAGCGCUUCGAGGGGCUCUCGGCCUGGAAGGAGAAACAGAAGGAUGAGCGCAACUUCUUGGAGGGGAAGCUGGAGGAGGCGAAGGAGCGCGUGAGCACGCUGACCAAGCGCAACGAGGAGCUGAAGAGGAGGCUGCAGGCCCUGGAGGGGCCUGGCGGCGGCGGGGGCGAGGGGGCGGCCCAGGGGGAGGCGGGGCUGCCCAACUCUGAGGUAGAGGUGCUGAAGGCUCAGAUCGCCAGGCUGCAGGCGGAGAAGAGCGACCUGGUGGCUAUGAACUCCGAGCUGCAGCUGAAGAUGGGGAAGGGCUCCCCUGAUGACUCCUUCAUCGAGAUCAGGAUUGCACAGGAGGGAGAGAUGAACAUGACCAAAGAUCUACCCCACAGCCGGAAGGACUCUGGAUCACAUGCGGCCAAGCCUGACCUGGCUAUGUCGCGCCAGGACUCGGAGGAGCUAACAGUGAGCCAGCUGCUGCAGUCCCUGAGGAAGGAGACCCAGAGGGCAGAGAGGCUGGAGCUCGAGCUGCAGGCCGCGAGGGAGAGGAUCGCGGAGCUGGAGCCGCAGACAGGAAGGUGGGCGGAGAGCGAAACGCAGACGUCCCUGCAGCUGGGGGAGAGGGGGCCUUCCAAACCCGCCACAUCUCAGACUGAGGAGGAGGUUCAGCAGGGGGCCUCGGCCAAGGAGGGAAAGUCUGACUCUGAGGUGGAGAGCCUGAAGGGCCAGAUGACCAAACUGUUCAAAGAGCUGCAGCAGGCGCAGACCAAGCUGGACGACGCCGAGGACAUGAAGAAGAGCCUGCAUGACAGGUGCAGAGACAUGGAGCAGAAUUUGGCCAUGCUGCAGGCCCAGCUGGUGGAGAAGCAGCAGGUUCAGGCAGAGAACGAGAGGCUGAAGCUGCAGCUGGACAGCAUGCAGUCCGUCAGCAAGAUGGAGCAGAAAAGGGCCGAGGAUGAGAAGAAGAAUCUGGCACAGCUGAAGGACGCCUACACUAAGCUUUUCGAGGACUAUAAUGAGCUGAAGGAAGAGAGGAAGAAAAAAGAGCCUCUGAUGUCCAGGGAGGAGGUGAACGAGCUCCAGCUCAGGCUGGAUGCAGCUGAGAAGGCCCUGGCCACCAAGCAACAGAAGAUUGAUGAAAUGAAGCAGGAGAUCUUCAAAAAGGAGCAGGAGCUGGAUACCAUCUCUGUGUUCAAGGCUCAGGCGGAGGUGUACUCGUCGGACUUUUAUGCAGAGAGGGCAGCGAGGGAGAAGAUCCACGAGGAGAAGGAGCGCCUGGCUGCGCAGCUGGAGUUCAUUAAGAAGCAGAACAGCCAGCUACAGGACGAGCUUGAGUCGCUGGGCAGGCAAUCACUGAACGAAAUGCAGAAUCGCCACGUGUCGCGAGGAGCCAAUCCACACGGGGGCGCUCCACCACACACUCCACAGGGGGCCAGAGGUGCGGACAACAGAGAGUGGGAGCAGCAGAACAUUCCAGAGUACUCUUGCCCAAAGUGCAACGAGAUCCUGCCUGACCUCGACAGCCUCCAGAUCCACAUCAUGGACUGCAUCAUCUGAGCACGGCAUAGCCCCGCCCUCCGUCCACCUUAACACCGGCGGCGGUGGCUUUCACUGCGAUUUACACUGACAUUGUUCCCCAAUGUAUAAAACUGAUCUUAACGGGUCAUAUCUACAAGGUUCUGCUAACGUGGCUUUGUCUGUAAAAGAUCAACAUGCUUAUUUACCCCAGGUGAGCAAAGGGUGAUGGGAAUAUUGCAGGAGGGGCAUGUGAAAAGGAUGACCUUCAGCCAUACCUAAUCUUCAUCCACACAGAAGAGAAGUAACUUUCUUUCCACCAUUGCCUAUUUAUGUAACACAACACAAGUUAUUAAUAUAUAUAUAUAUAUAUAGUUAUGUAUAUACAUAUUAGUAUCAGGCAUAAUUUGGUGGGAACUCUUUAAAUGUGUAUGACAUUUAGCCAAAUGCAGUGGCUCUGCUUGCGAAGUGUUGCUACUAAAUUGAAAUGAAUGACAAUGCGGGCCUACUGAUUGAAGAGAAAAUACAAGGAAUACGGCUAUCAAAAAUAAUCUUGGCCCCUAUAUGGCCAACUUUUCAGUUGAAGGAUGUUGUUUUGAUUAUAGUCGGGGUGUUUGGAUCUGAUCUAUUUCUGAAGGAAUUUAAUUCAUUUGUUAUUUUGAUUUCGAUGCAGAAACUGCAGCAAAAGUUCUGAGAAAGUAAAGCAUUGACUGUUUCAACAAUGGUUUGGGAACAAGGCAUGCAGUGGUUUGUGACUUGGUCUUUGAUUGUAUAUUUGUGUUGUUAAUAUAUUUUCCUGUCACUUUUAUGUAAGCAUCUGUAAGAACUGCACUAAAGUUUAAGGCAUUCAAUUUAAAACUAUAAAAGCAAUACUGUGGUGUGGGUUCGGAAUGCAAUCCCAAAGCCAUUUGAAAUACCAAUGAACUAAAUAGAAGGACCCAUGAAUUUUAGUAACAGCAGUGAAUUUAAGUAACCCCAGUCUGGCAAGCUUGCUACAUUUUGUUGAAUAAC